ACCUGACCCAAUGCGGAAGUGAAGUGGCGAGGGGCGUGCGCAGGAGGCGAGACGCGCUUUGAGCAUCCGUGAAUCCGCUCCACGUUCGCUAGCUAGGUGUAUUGAAAGACAUCCAUCAUGGUGACAAUCAGGCUGCGAUAGAGCGAGCACGGAGUGAUGGCUGACGCCUCCGCGGUGAAGAAGAAAAACUCUGCGAAGGCGGGAGGGGUUCGUUUUGCACAAGAGGCUUUGGCGGACCGCGCCUCGUCACACGUGCACUUUGACGACAAGCUGCACGACUCUGUCAUCACGGUCGCGGCGGAGGAUGACGGCAGCUUCCUGGUCAAGGUAGGCUUCCUGAAGCUACAGCACCGCUACGAAAUGGCUUUCACCCUACCCGAGGUCCCGUCUCUGGGCAAGAACGUGUGCUUGGCGCCCGUCCCCAGCCCCCACCUGCGUGUGGUUGACAUCUCGCCCACCCCUGAAGGAGGUCUACGGUUGACGUGCGAGUACCUAGCUCAACAUGCGGGGGUGCUGUGCGAGCGCAUACGGUUGCUGAGCGAGCUCGACGAUGAGAUCGGCGUCACAGUUAAAGUUCACGCUAGAGUCAUGGAACGCGAUCACGGCACGCCCAUGCUGCUGGAAGGCGUCCGAUGCAUCGGCGCGGAACUGGAGUACGACUCGGAACAGAGCGACUGGCAGGGCUUCGACUGAACAUUGACGUCACUGUAACUUUGGUUUAUAAAACAAAUCAACAACUUUCCUACUAUUAAAACAGCUUUAUUGAUAUUUUGUUAAUGAACAUUGGUGGGAUUGGACGUCUACGGAGCCACUAAAGGGACAUUGACAGAAAUAAAAUACAUUUAAACCAUCUGGUGCGCACCAGAGGGUAUAUGGUGCGCACUACAAACUAUCUGAUGCACACCAGAUAGUAUGUGAUGCGCACUAAAAACUAUCAGGGCCGCACGAAAAACAAUCUGGUGCGGACUAUAAACUGUCUGGUGCGCACCAGGUAGUAUGUGGUGCACACGAGAAACACUCUAGUGCGCACCAGAAAUAAAUCUGUUGUGCACUAGAUAGUAUGUGGUGUGCACGAGAAACAAUCUGGUGCGCACCAGAUAAUGGGUGGUGUGUACUAGAAACUAGCUAGUACACACCAGAUAGUAUGUGGUGCGCACUAAAAACUAUCAGGUCAGCAGGAGAAACAAUCUGGUGCACACUAUACACCAUAGAAUCUGUGUGGUGCACACCAGAUAGUAUGAUGCGCACAAGAAAUAAUCUGUUGCGCACUGUAUCGUAUGUGGUGUGCACUACAAACUAGCUGGUGCACAUCAGAUAUGCGGUGCGCACGAGAAACAAUAUGGUGCACACGAGAAAAUCUAUUGCACACUAAAAACUAUCUGGUGCGAACCAGAUGGUAUCUGGUGUAAACUACAAACUGUGGUGCACACCAGAUAGUAUCUGGUGCGCAAAAGAAAUAAUCUGUUGCACACUACAUAGUAUGUGGUGUUCACUAGAAACUAGCUGCUGCACACCAGAUAGUGUGUGGGGCGCACUAUAAACUGGUGCGCUUGAGAAACAAUCUGGUGCGCACCAGCUAGUUUCUAGUGAACAUCCUAUACUAUCUUGUGCGCACCAGAUAGUUUCUAGGGUGUGCACCAGAUAAUAUGUGGUGUGCACGAGAAACAAUCUGGUGCGCACAAGAAAUAAUCUGUUGUGCACUACAUAGUAUGUGGUGUGCACAAGAAACUAGCUGAUGCACAUCAGAUAUGUGGUGCGCACGAGAAACAAUCUGGUGCUCAUGAUAAAGAAUCUGUUGCACGCUAAAAACUAUGGUGCGCACCAGAUAGUAUGUGGUGCUCUCUAGAAACUAUCUGGUGCACACGAGAAACUAUCCGGUGCGUAAUGUGGUGCGCUCGAGAAAAAAUCUGGUGCGCACCAGCUAGUUUCUAGUGAACAUCCCAUACUAGCUAGUGUGCACCAGAUUGUUUUUCAUGCACACCAGAUAGUUUUUUGUGCACACCAGAUAGUUUCUAGUAUAAAAUAAAUUAAAUUGUGUGCACCAGAUAGUAUGUGGUGUGCAUGAGAAACAAUCUGGUGCGCACAAGAAAUAAUCUGUUGCCCACUACAUAGUAUUAGGUGUGCACUAGAAACUGGCUGAUGCACAUCAGAUAUGUGGUGCGCACGAGAAACAAUCUGGUGAGCAUGAAAAAGAAUCUGUUGCACACUAAAAACUAUGGUGCGCACCAGAUGGUAUGUGGUGUGCACUAGAAACUGGUCUGUACCAGAUAGUAUGUGGUGCCCUCUAGAAACUAUCUGGUGCACACGACAAACUAUCCGGUGCUCACGAGAAAUAAUCUGGUGUGCUCGAGAAACAGUCUGGUACACACCAGCUAGUUUCUAGUGAACAUCCCAUACUGUCUAGUGCGCAUCAGAUUGUUUCGCAUGCGCACCACAUAGUUUCUUGUGCACACCAGAUAGUUUAUAGUAUAAAAUAAAUGGUGUGCUCCAGAUAGUAUGUGGUGCGCACGAGAAACACAUCUGGUGCGCACGAGAAAUAAUCUGGUGCGCACCAGCUAGUUUCUAGUGAACAUCGCAUACUAUCUAGUGCGUACCAGAUAGUUUCUUGUGCGCUGCAGAUAGUUUCUAGUAUAAAUGGUGUGCACCAGAUAGUAUGUGGUGAGCACAAGAAACAAUCUGUUGCGCACUAGAUAGUAUGUGGUGUGCACUAGAAACUAGCUGGUGUGCAGCAGAUAAUGUGAUGCAAACUAGAAACUGGUCUGCACUAUAAACUAUCUGAUGCGCAAAAGAUAGUAUGUGGUGCGCAUGAGAAACAAUCUGGUGCGCUCGAGAAACUAUCCGGUGGGCACGAGAAAUAUUUAUUAUUUAAUUAGUUGAAUUUUUUAAUAUUAGUUAUUUUUAUUAACUAGAAAAUAGCUGCUGCACAUCAGAUAGAAUGUGGUGCGCACUAGAAACUCUGGUGUGCUCGAGAAACAAUCUGGUGCGCACUAGCUAGUUUCUAGUGAACAUCCCAUACUAUCUAGUGCGCACCAGAUUGUUUCUCAUGCGCACCAGAUAGUUUCUUGUGUGAACCAGAUAGUUUAUAGUAUAAAGUAAAUGGUGUGCUCCAGAUAGUAUGUGGUGCGCACUAGAAAUAAUCUGUUGCACACUACAUAGUAUGUGGUGUGCACUAGAAACUAGCUGAUGCACAUCCAAUAUGUGGUGCACACGAGAAACAAUCUGGUGCGCAUGAAAAAGGAUCUGUUUCACACUAAAAACUAUGGUGCGCACCAGAUGGUAUGUGGUUUGCACUAGAAACUGGUGCGCACCAGAUAGUAUGUGGUGCGCUCUAGAAACUAUCUGGUGCACACGAGAAACUAUCCGGUGCGCACGAGAAAUAAUGCGGUGCCCUCGAGAAACAAUCUGGUGUGCACCAGCUAGUUUCUAGUGAACAUCCCAUACUAUUUAGUGCGCACCAGAUUGUUUCUCAUGUGCACCAGUUAGUUUCCUGUGCGCACCAGAUAGUUUAAAGUAUAAAAUAAAUGGUGUGCUCCAGAUAGUAUGUGGCGCGCACGUGAAACAAUCUGGUGCGCACGAGAAAUAAUCUGGUCCGCACUAGCAACUAGCUGGUGCACACCAGAUAGCAUGUGAUGCGCACGAGAAACAAUCUGGUGCACAUUAUAAACUAUCUGAUGCGCACCAGAUGGUAUGUAAUGCACACUAUAAACUCUGGUGUGCACUAUAAACUAUCUGGUCCGCACCAGAUAGUAUGUGGUGCGCACGAGAAUAAUCUGUUGCGCACCAGAUAGUAUGUGCUGUGCACUAGAAACUAGCUGGUGCACCCCAGAUAGUACUGUAUGUGAUGCGCAUGAGAAACUAUUUGGUGCGCAUGAGAAAAAAUCUAGUGCGCACGAGAAAUAAUCUGUUGCACCCUAGAUAGUAUGGGGUGCGCUCUCGAAACUAGCUGGUGCGCACGAGAAACAAUCAGGUGCGCACCAGAUAGUAUGUGGUUUGCACUAGAAACUAGUGCGCACCAGAUAGUAUGUGGUGUGCACUAGAAACUGGUCAGCACGAGAAACAAUGUUGCGCACUAGAUAGUGUGGUGUGCACUAGAAACUAGCUGGUGCACAUCAAAUAUGUGGUGCGCACUUGAAACUAUCUGGUGCGCACCAGAUAGUAUGUGGUGUGCACUAGAAACUUGCUGGUGGGCACCAGAUAGUUUAAAUGUAUUUUAUUUCUGUUUCUCGUGCACACCAAAUAGUUUCUAGUGCGCACCACAUACUAUUUGGUGCGCACCAGAUGGUUUACAUUUUCUUUCUGUUAAUGUCCGUAAAAACAAACAUGGUUUCAUAUUUUGCAACAUUAACUAAUUCGCUACCAUUGACGGGUAUAGACGUCAAUGGUCUAAAUUUAUUUAAUUUCUGACGAUAUCCCUUUAAGGGCUCUGUAUGUAUUACCAAGUGCCUUCUGAAAAAAAGAACUUGUUUUUGUAUUUGUGUUCAAUAAAGAAAAAAAAAAAGAAAAAAAAGCUUAUAUUGCAGUUCUUAAAACGCACACUAGGUGGC